CCACCGGUUUCGAUUUUAUGUCUCGUUGUGGACGAUCGGACGUAUACGCAGACGUGAACUUCUAGACCUUACUAAGCUUAUUUUGAUGACGGAUUCGAACCGGUCCAGCCCAUCUCGGGCACCCGGAGGAGCGGGGUGUGAUGUGGGGGAUAUAUACAAGUAGCAGGAAGCCUUUGUUCGUUUUCUGAUUAACAAGCAAGACUUCAUAUCUUGAAUUAAACGGAAAGAUUAAGAUAAAGUGCGACAUCGAAGAUCAAACAUCAUGGGAAAGUACAUCAAAUGGGAUGCUCAGGGCGUGGAGGUCAUCCAGCCUGGUGAGCGAGAGAAGAUCAAAGAGGUCUCUGAUCAAUUCAAUCGUUUCCAAAUGAUGAAUUUCAACGAGCACCAUCACUGUCUCCGCGGCACACAUUUGAAAACACAAGGAUGCGUCAUGGGCAAAUUCACAGUCAAAGACGACCUCCCGCCUCAUUUGGCACAAGGCAUGUUCGCGAAACCAGGCCAAUACGACAUGAUCAUGCGCUACUCUUCCCUCACACCCAAGCUCGUGCCCGACAACGUCUCUGCGCCUCGAGGUAUCGGCAUGAAGAUUUUCGGCGUAGAAGGCGAGAAGAUCUGGGGCGAGGAUAAGAAGACGCAGGACUGGACUUUCAACAAUUAUCCCAUCCUCGAGCUGCGGGAUCCGAAGACGACAUAUGAGAUUGCAGACUGUUUGGAGAAGAAUUGGAACGAUAUCCCCAAGUUUGCUGAAGAGCAGAGUAAGCGCGUAGAUGCUGAUGUGGCGACCAUGGGCUCUCAACUUCCUCGUCAACAUUUGGUCGCCAUGCCAGAAUACUCCCAAUCCGCCUACCGCUUCGGCGACUACGUCGCCAAAUUCGGCGUCUUCCCCCAAGGAGAAGAACAAAAGAAACUGGAAAAAUACUCCAUCCCCGACGACGCACCAAUAAACAUCCUGUCCCAACACGCCCGGGAUUUCCACAUGAAGCACAAAGUGACUUAUUCCUUCUGCGCGCAGCUGCUGCAGAAUCUCGACGAGCAGCCCGUCGACGAUCUAGGCGUUGUGUGGGACGAGAAGAAAUACCCGUUUGAACAAAUCGCUACUCUCGAGUUCGAGCCGCAGGAUAGCUGGCUGCCCGAGUUCAGAGUUUGGUGGGAUGAUCGGAUUACGGUUAACUCGUGGCAUGGGCUGAAGGUGCAUCAGCCGCUGGGGAGCACGAAUCGCAUGAGGCGGGUCGUGUAUGCUGAGUCGAGGAAGUUGAGGUUGAGGGUUAAUGGGUUUAAGGAUUAUGUUGAGCCGGCGAGCUUGUUGGAGGUGCCGGCACCGGUGGUGGCGCCGCAGUUUGAGUUGCCAUUUCAACCUGCUGUGAAGAGUGUUGAGGUUGGUGUUUGAGGGUUGUUCUUUGAGAAGGGGGUUUGUUGAAGCGAUGGGUGAAGGGGACCGUUGUAUAUGAAUUGUCAGACUACUUGAAGAAUGAAAGGAUUCAACG